CUAAGAACUCUAGAACGCUGCAGCACUGCAGUAGUACUAUAAACAAGAACUACGAAUAAUAAAUUCGGUCAUAACAGAGCGGCCUAUUACAUGCCUUAAAAAGUCCAUUUGAUUGAUGGAAACCAGCAGUAUUGUAUGUAUAUGACUUUAAUUAUUAAAUGUAAUGAAAUGGUUGUGUCUGUAGCAAAACAGUGGAAAUGUAUAGUUACAGGUGGUGCUUCUGGUCUGGGCAGAGCCACAUUGCAACGCCUCAUCAAAAAGCAUAAAGCGAAGGCAGUUAUUUUAGAUCUUCCAUCUAGCAAUGGGAAGGAGUUGGUGAAGGAGAUGGGAGAUGAUUGCUACUUUUGCCCAACUGAUGUAUCUGAUGAAAGUCAGGUGCAAGAAGCUAUAAGGUUUGCUAAAGAAAAAUGUGGCUAUAUAAACGUUGCUGUUAAUUGUGCUGGUGUAGCAACUGCCAUGAAAACAAUUGGAAAAGAUGGUAAAGCACAUUCGUUAGAAGAAUUUGAAAAAGUUCUAAAGGUAAAUACAUUUGGGACAUUUAAUGUUAUACGGUUAUCAGCCCAAGAGAUGAUUAAUAAUAAACCCGAUAAAACAGGUGAAAGAGGUGUUAUUAUCAACACAGCUAGCGUAGCUGCAUAUGAAGGUCAGAUUGGACAAGCUGCUUAUUCAGCAUCAAAAGGUGCUGUUGUAAGCAUGACAUUAACAAUUGCGAGAGACCUUGCAAGAUAUGGUAUAAGAGUAAACACUAUCGCUCCAGGACUGUUUUUGACGCCACUGCUUGAAGGUUUGCCUGAAAAAGUACAAAAUGAUCUGGCAAAGAGCGUUCCGUUUCCUAAACGUUUAGGGGAUCCUGCUGACUAUGCUCAUUUGGUUGCAGCAAUUAUAGAAAAUCCAAUGAUAAACGGUGAAGUUGUCCGAAUUGAUGGUGCCAUAAGAAUGCAACCGUAAUGGCGUUUUUGAAUUAUGAAAAUUUGGAAGUAUUAGCUAUUUGUGUCUUUCUUGUGAUAUUAAAUAUAAAACAUGGACAAUAUCAAAA